UCCUAUACAUGUUCUUUUAUAGAUAAAUGGAUUGCUAAAGGAACAUGCUCAUUAUAUAAUAUAUGAUUUAGCCACACACCUUUGGCCACUUAGUUCUGCUCUAUAAACCUUAUGAUAGACAACAUUGCUAUAGGUUGCUGUAUAAUUAGUAUAGGACAGAACAGAUCCUCUCUUUCCAUUAAAAUAUCACUUCCGCCCACCCCAGCUCUCAGUGCAUAAGAAGGCAGUUUCAAGAUAAAUGGUUUCCAUGGAAGAGAUUAUUCUAAACUAGGAGACAAGCAGAAAGCUCUUGAAAAAUGCCUGACAUCCCGGUAACGCUACAGCACACUCCUCCAGAUGGAGACUGGGGAUGGGUUGUGGUUUUUGGUGCAUUUAUCUCAAUCGGAUUUUCAUACGCAUUUCCUAAAGCCAUUACAGUAUUCUUCAAGGAAAUCCAAGAGAUAUUCAAUACCUCAUAUAGUGAAAUUGCUUGGAUAUCAUCGAUUAUGUUGGCUGUCAUGUAUGCAGGAGGUCCAAUCAGCAGCAUUCUGGUAAACAAAUAUGGAAGUCGUCCUGUGGUAAUAGGAGGAGGUGUCCUGUGCUCUUUAGCAAUGAUUUUGGCUUCUUUCUGCAAUAGUGUCGUUCAGCUGUACAUCUGCAUUGGUGUUAUUGGUGGUUUUGGAUUAGCAUUUAAUCUUCAACCUUCUUUAACAAUUAUUGGAAAGUAUUUCUUCAAAAAGCGUCCUAUUGCAAAUGGAUUGGCCAUGGCUGGGAGUCCAGUUUUUUUAAGCACUUUGGCUCCAUUGAAUCAGUUUCUUUUCAAUAAAUUUGGAUGGCGGGGUAGCUUUCUAAUCUUAGGAGGUCUUCUGUUAAACUGCUGUGUGGCUGGCGCCCUCAUGAGGCCCAUUGGACCAAAGCCUAUAAAAAAAGAUGUUGAAAAAGCACCAAAGGAUGAUGAAAAACACACGAAGAAAGUAUCUUUUUGUGAAAACGUCAACAAAUACUUAGAUUUAUCACUUUUUAAGCAUAGAGGAUUUCUAAUUUAUUUAUCUGGAAAUGUUAUCAUGUUUAUUGGCUUUUUUGCACCUAUUGUUUUUCUUGCACCCUACGCAAAGCAUAUGGGUAUUGAUCAGUAUUCAGCUGCUUUUUUGCUAUCUAUCCUAGCUUUUGUAGAUAUGGUAGCUAGACCAACAAUGGGAAUGGUUGCAAACACCAAAUAUAUACGUCCCAGAAUUCAAUAUUUUUUCUGCUUUGCGAUUUUGUAUAAUGGAAUCUGCCAUAUAUUAUGUCCAUUGGCCAAUGAUUAUACAGGCUUGGUGAUUUAUGCCAUCUUUUUUGGAUUUGCAUUUGGAAUGGUGAGCAGUGUGCUGUUUGAGACACUAAUGGACAUUGUAGGAGCUGCAAGAUUUUCCAGUGCUGUUGGACUAACAACAAUUGUGGAAUGCUGUCCAGUUUUGAUUGGACCUCCAUUAGGAGGUUUUUUAGUGGAUGUAACUGGAAACUAUAAAUACAUGUACUUUGUCUGUGGGCUGAUUGUGAUUAUAGCAAGUAUUUGGCUAUUUAUUGGAAAUGCUAUUAAUUACAGAAUGCUGGCAAAGGAAAAAAUGGCAAAGACUAUAAAUGAAAAAACUGACCUGAAAGAGAAUGAACCACUCAACAACCCUGAAGCUAUAGAUGUUGCUACAAAGUCAUCUAAGGUGGAUACAAAUCAAUCUGAGAGAGAGACUAGUAUAUAAUAUCAUACAUACAGUAUUUGUUAAAGCUGAAUUCUGGUAUUGUAGUAUUUAAAGUAUUAUAUGGUUGAAAUGCAAUGCUAAUUUAUGGGCAAUAAAAGGUUUAAACAAAGAUAUCCAUAAUCAGGAUAACCAGGAAACAAAGGGAAUGUGCAGCUUAUUACUCUCAAAUCAAAGAAAUUCAGAAUGUGAAGCAUUUACCCUUUCUAUAUCCAUUUCCAGAACAUAAAUUUGGAUGCACUUCAUUUUACAGGAGAAAUUUGCUAUCCAAAUUAAGAAUUUUCAGAAAUGGGCUUUCAAGAUGUGCAACGUACAUCUUGCAUCAUACCAAAAUAGGUUCUGAUUCACCAAGGAUUUUCACCAAUCACAUUCAACAAAAUUUUAGAUGUAUACCAAUGUUUGGUUGAAAAUUUGUAUGGUAGUUUUUUUUUAUUCUAACCAUGCUACAGAACACAAGAAUAACCACACAACGUUUUAGGAGUCUCUCUCUGGGAGUUAAGAACAAGUAUGCAGACUGUGUAUGUGUUCAUAUUUAAGAUCUCAGCCAUAAAUCAUAAAUAGUAAAAAAAAAAAAAGGGAAGAAAACUGUUGUACAACAACUGCUGUACCUUAUUGGUUUAGGAACGUUUGUGGAAGAGCAUACAAACAUUUCAAGGGCUUCUGCCCACCAUCUCAAAGCACUGUGUGCAAAGUUGUUGACUUUGUUGGAAAACUUGUGCAUUGUGUUAGGUUCUCUUUUUUUUUUUCAGAGUGAAUCCAGGAGCAACACUAGGACAGGUAUUCUUUUUUUAAACUUUUGUAAGGCGGAUACCACUUCAAACUGUUUGAUACACAGCCGGUAUUGUUCAUAAACCAGUCCACUUUCUAAUAAUGGCCAUAUAAAUUUUUCUAUGUGGAAUAGUGAUGAGGGAAAUUUUUCGCCAAGUUUCGGCGCAAAAAUGAUGUCCAUGGAAUCUAAUGGGUGAAAAAAUUUAUUGCACGUCAAAAAUUUAUGGCACAACAAAAUUUUGUCUCCCAUAGACUUCAAUGCAAUUUAGCGAAUUUUUGCAGUUUCGUGAAUUUUUGGCGAAACUGUACAGAUUCACCCAUCACUACUUAUAAUGCCUGGUUUUUUAAAAUUCAGGCAUGAGAAAUCUUUGUACUGACAAACAAUAUUAUUCUUUUGUCCAGGAUCAAUGAAUAAAUAAUGGAGAAUCUCUGUG